AUGUCAUCCGCCGAGUUCCCUCCGCCUCAACUCAAAUCCGCCGCCGAGGACGUGGCGUCCCUUCUCAAGUCUCGUGGCGAAACCAUCUGCGUGGCAGAGACCGCAGCGGGAGGGCUCAUCUCCGCCUCACUCCUUUCGACUCCAGGGGCAAGCAAGAUCUACAAGGGCGGCUUGACGCUGUAUACGUUGGAAUCCAGGAUCGCCUUUGCCGGCUGGACGCAACAAAACAUCGAUAAUUAUGAUGGACCUACUCCGGAACUGGUCGAAGGGCUGGCUAAGAACGUGAGGGAAAAGCUGCAAGGGACUUAUUGCGUUGGUGAGUCAGGAACCGCAGGACCAACUGCCAGUGGCAAGACCCCAAACAGGCAGCCGGGCUACGUUGCAUUGGCUGUGGUGGGCGGAAAAGGCAGUGCGAACAAGGAUUUGGAUACGGGGCUGGGAGGUGAUAGGCAAGCCAACAUGGUGGCAUUUGCAGUUGCCGCCCUUAAACUGGUCAAGGACUUCAUCACGUCGUCCGAGCAUGACGGCGGUGACCGGGGUGGGAAAAUGUGA